AGAGCAGCUCCUCACAGCCCCGAGCUCCUUCCGCACCGGCAGCCAGGCCAGCGGGGACGUGCCAGAGCAGCCACCAGAGCAGAUCCCGUGGACCUCGUCAUGUGUCCCGGCUGGUGGCUCUGGCCCCUAGUGGCUGUCUGCGCCGCAGACGUGUUCAGAGACGAGGCGGAGAGGAUCAUGCAGGACACGCCUGUCAUUGACGGGCACAACGACCUACCUUGGCAGCUGCUGAAGAUGUUCAACAACCAGCUGCAGGACGAGAGGGCCAACCUGUCCACCCUGACCGGCACGCACACCAACAUCCCCAAGCUGCGGGCUGGCUUCGUGGGGGGCCAGUUCUGGUCUGCGUACGUGCCCUGCGACACCCAGAACAAAGACGCCGUGAGGAGGACGCUGGAGCAGAUGGACGUCAUCCACCGCAUGUGCGAGAUGUACCCUGAGACCUUCCUGUGUGUCACCACCAGCGCAGGCAUCCGGCAGGCCUUCCAGGAGGGGCGGGUGGCCAGUCUGAUCGGCGUGGAGGGCGGCCACUCCAUCGACAGCAGUUUGGGCGUCCUGCGCGCGCUCUACCACCUGGGCAUGCGGUACCUGACGCUCACCCACAACUGCAACACGCCCUGGGCCGACAACUGGCUGGUGGACAGCGGCAGUGACGAUGCCCAGAGCCACGGCCUGUCAGUCUUUGGGCAGAGUGUGCUGAGGGAGAUGAACCGCCUGGGCGUCAUGAUCGACCUGGCCCACGUGUCUGUGGCCACCAUGAAGGCGGCUCUGCAGCUGUCCGCGGCGCCGGUCAUCUUCAGCCACUCCUCGGCCUACAGCCUGUGCGCUAACCGGCGCAACGUGCCGGACGACGUGCUGCAGCUGGUGAACCAGACGGGCAGCCUGGUGAUGGUGAACUUCUACAACGACUACGUCUCCUGCACAGAGGACGCCGACCUGUCCCAAGUGGCCGACCACCUGGACUACAUCAGGAAGGUGGCCGGAGCCGGAGCCGUGGGCUUUGGUGGGGACUUCGAUGGCGUCACGAGGCUCCCGACGGGGCUGGAAGAUGUCUCCAAGUACCCAGACCUGAUUGCAGAGCUGCUCAGGAGGAACUGGACGGAGGCAGAGGUCAGGGGAGCGCUGGCUGACAACCUGCUGCGUGUCUUCGAGGCCGUGGAGAAGGUGAGCAACGAAACGCUGCAAGCUCCCGAGGAGGAGCCCAUCCCGCUGGACCAGCUGGGCAGCUCCUGCAGGACACAGUACGGCUACUCAGAGGCCUCCACCCUCUACCACCAGCCGGGGGCCCUGCUGGCCGCCCUGAUCUUUGUGCUGCGUCUUCCGUGA